UAAUUGUUAGUAGUACAUUCAACUUAUAAAAAUUUAACAAUUAACCAAAUAUUUUAUAUUUACAAAACUUACAUAAAAAUAUUUUUUUUUUUCAAAUUGAAUAUUUAUUAAUAAAAACACAGUUAGAGCUUUUCUUCCAACUUCAAUUGGUGUAAUUUUCAUCAUAUGCAAUUUUCAUAAUUCAAAAAUAAAAUUAUGCAUUAAAAGAACAUAAAGAAGUAAACAAAGUUUGGUUUUGUAAUUUAAAUUACGUACUUGAUCCAAAUGUUUGUGCAUAUAUUAAGCUUAACAAGUACAAAUGUUAUCAAUGGAAAUGAUAACCCACCAGAUAAAAAAACUCAUCUAUUCCGUUUGAACGAUACUUCACCGAUUCCAAAAACAAUUUACAGAAUAAUUAAAUCAUUUAUUUUUAUUAUAUUAUAUUAUAUUAUAAAUUAUUUAUUUUUUGAUUUUUAUUAGUUUAUGCAUCUUUUAUGCAAAACUAUUAAAUAGUAUUUUGUGGAGUAUUAUAUUUAUUUUCAUGUUAUUGUAUUAUUUUAAAUAUUAUUUAAGUAUGAAAUAAAAAAAAUCAAAAAUUAAAAAGACUAUUUCAUAAAUAAAUAAAGUUCAACUCCAUAAUGGCUAGGAUUACUCCAUUUUGGAGUUGAAUAUGAAAUAUGAUUGAAGAUAAUUUUACUCCAAAAUGAAGCUUGAAGUCAAAAAUGGAGUAGAGUUGGAGAUGCCCUAAACUUGUAUUUUCUUCAAAUUUAUAAUAAAAUUUCAAGUUUUUUGUUUAUUCAUUUGUAUAUAUUUAUCGUAUUGCUUGUAAAUAAAUUUUACAACUUAUUGUUUUAUAAUGAUAAGAAAACUAUUGUUUUAGCGCUUGUAGUUAAUAAGAGCGUACUACAUCUGAAAUAUGCUCUCAUGAUUGUUUUUGUGAAUAUAAUCUGUUUGGUAAAUUUAUUUAAUGUCUUUUGCCCUGUUUUAAAACGCGGGUGAGUUGGACGUUUAAUCGGCGCUGAAACGUGACUCGGCCAUGGACCGUGGCGAUUUGGAUCUAUUCGCUCAAUAACUCGGGUUUUCGGAAAAAAAAAUCAAAUUGUGGUGUUAAAAUUCAUAUAUAUUGUUAAAAAUCUAUUGCAAUUGAUCAAAAACACAAGAAAAGGAGUUGAAAUGGUGAUGAAUCGUGAAAUCAGUGGAGAGGGGCGGAAAUUAAGGUUGCAGGUCGUGUAUGGUGAAGAAGAAGACGAGGGCAAUUAAGGUAAUUCACCAUCAUUUAAGAAAAAAAAUGAAAAAAAGAGGGAAAAAACACUUUAUCGAGGGUCGAACCAUUAUCCUUUGCCUCUAAACAAAGUGCACAAACCACUGUGCUACAUAGAACUCGUUGAUUAUUCUACACGAAGUAGUAUAUAUCCUAAAAUCAAUUAAAAACUAGGCCCCGCGUACGCCCCGUUUAAUCCCCGAUUUUUUGGUAACUCGCUAGGCCCGGGAUUACCGCCCGACUAGCGCCUAGCGUAGUUUCGAACAGGGGUCUUUUGUAGAGAACGGAAAUUAGUGGUUGAGUAAAAUGAAUUUAGCAUAUAGAAAAUAGCAAAAGUUCGAAACAUCAUAAUUCAAAAUUAUAAACGGGUGAGGUACUUUGGCUUAUAUUAAGCUUUAGUGAUUUACCAUUGAUCGGAUUAACAAUUGUUCUGUACUAAAUGCUCAUGUUGUUUUUAAAUAGAGUCCAGUGUAUUCGAUAGAAACAAAGUUGGAUAAAUCUCAAUAACUCUUUUUUUUUUGGAAGGCAAAUCUCAAUAACUUUCAUCAAAUAAAAGCAGAGUCUAUAUCAUCUAUGACAGCGCGCUAAGGAAAAAUAAAACUCUGAACCACGUUCAUUUUAAAUUGUAUUUCACAAAGUUCCUUUUCCUUUUCUAUGCGUGAUUAUAAAUUUAUGUAUAAUAAGUUUUUAACAUAUAUAACAAUAUGUAAACACCUGCUUUAAAAUGUUUUGAAAUCCCCCGUUUGAUUUAGCUAUUUUUAAUUAAGCUAAACUUGGUAAAACUGCUUUAUGAUCAUAAUUAGCUAAGUUUGUAUAGUCCUAAAGUCCUAAAAGAAUCAAGUACUCUCCUGCGCCCAAAAUAUAUAAUAUUUUCACAACAAAAUAAAUAGCACUCAUAUAAUAUCCAAAUACGAUUUAUUCGUUAAAUAUUGUCAUUUUAUACAAAUAGAAAAAAAUCUGGCUCCCACUCAGGAUAUAUCAUAUAUGAUGUAUAUAAAUACAUCCGCCUCUUCUCCAUGCCUCAUCACCACUCAAACAAGCUAUUAGGUAAGAGGUAGAAAAAGAAGCGAGGGAGCGAGAUAGAGAUUAUAAUUGAGAGAGGAAACGUUUAGUUAUUAAGUUAUUUAACUUACUAUAAUCAUGGGCUACCUCGACGGGAAAUGGGCACCGUUGAUCAUGAUUACCGUGAUUAACACGAUUAAUGGGAUGGUUAACGCUUUGAUUAAGAAAGUUCUUGAUGGAGGCAUUAAUCACAUGGUUAUUGCUACCUAUCGUUUGGGUAUUUCCACCUUAUUUCUUCUUCCCAUCGCUUAUUUUUGGGAACGGAAAACAAGGCCAAAGCUAACUACAAGCAUCUCGUGUCAGCAUUUCUUCAGUGCCCUUUUUGGGGCGAGUUUGAUGCAAUUUUUUUUCUUGCUCGGGCUCAGUUACACUUCUGCCACGUUGGCAACUGCCUUCUGGGGCACAUUGCCUGCCCUCACUUUCAUUAUGGCCUUAAUAUUUGGAUUCGAAAAAUUAAACAUGAAAACAAAAAUAGGAUACGGCGUCAUUCUUGGAGCUAUGAUAAGCUUAGCAGGAGCUUUAACCCUUACGAUGUACCAAGGCAUUCCAUUAUCGAACUCUCAUGAACAAGCAACGAUUUCAAGCAUCCAUAAAGGAAAUGAGAAUUGGAUCAAAGGCUGUUUUCUUUUAUUCACAGGAGUUAUACUUUUCAGUUCUUGGAUGCUUAUACAAGCCAAGAUCAACGUGAGUUACCCGUGUCCAUAUUCGAGUACAGUUAUUUUAUCGGUCUUUGGGACGCUUCAAUGCACUAUUCUUAGCUUUAUCAAGACUAGACAUGUGGAAGAUUGGAUCCUCGGAGACAAACUCACCAUCUUCACCGUCAUUAUAGCGGGAGUGAUUGGACAAGGAAUGUGUACGGUGGGAAUAUCGUGGUGUAUCAAACAACGUGGACCUGUCUUUACAGCAGCGUUCAGUCCUGUCACACUUAUGUCCGCAACCGUGUUCGAUUUCGUGAUACUUCAUCGUAUGAUUUAUGUUGGAAGCGUUAUUGGAUCUGUAGUAGUUGUGAUCGGUUUAUACAUAUUUUUAUGGAGCAAGAGCAAACAUAUAGAUGAGUGUAAGAUCGUGACGUUACCUACAAAUACGGUGGAAAAAGAAAAGGAAGAGGAAGAUCAUACAAAUGUUAACAAAUUAGGCCGUAUUUUGGUUAUCCCCAUGACACCUUGAUCUACUUCCCUAAAGUCUCUUUUUCAUUCAAUAAGACUACCAUGUCGUACGAAUCAACUGCGAAGAAGAAAAUAAUGUUCGCAUUCCAUUGUUUGUUGGAGUAUUUGAUCACUUGUGUUGCUAUGUUUUGGCUUACAUAUGAUAUUCCAAUCCCCUAUAUAUUAAUUGAAAAUCUUUUAAAAGGUUAUUGAAAAUCUUUU